ACCAGGUAUAUCCAGCCGUCAAUAUGUGUCUUCGGCUUCCUGGGCAACUUGCUGUCCUUCUGCGUCUUCAUGACGGUCAAGAUGAGGGCGGUGUCCACCAACGUGUACCUCGCGGCGCUGGCGGCCAGCAACUUCAUCUUCCUGGUGUCCCUGUUCGUGUCCUGGCUGGAGCUUAUCGGCAUCCCCCUCAUCCACAUGAACGGCGUGUGUCAGAUCACCGUGUACAUCACCUACUGCUGCAGGUAGGUCAUGAGGUCAUGUCAAGGUCUUCAUGUCAUACAGCUAGAGCAUAGGUCUAUGGGUCAAAUUAACCGUGUGCAUCACCUACUGCUGCAGGUAGGUCAUGAGGUCGCAUCACUGUCUACAUAUCAUAGUUAUAUCGGUAGGUCUUUAGGUCAAAAUAACUGGUUUACAUCACCUGCUGCUGCAGGUAGGUCAUUUGGCCAUAUCAAGGUCUUCGCGUCAUACAGCUAUAGCAUUGGUCUUUGGGUCAAAUUAACCGUCUAUACCAUAUUCUGCUGCAGUUAGGUCAUAUCACCAUCAACAUAACAUGCUGCUGUGACAUCGCACUUUAGGCUGUGCGACCUGUGUUCUUGCCGUGGUUAUGUUAUAGGGAGGCCUAGGGCACCCAGUGAAUAUUUAAACUCUCUUAGUUUAUUGUAGUGAAGUGUGAAGUAACGUGCAAAAACUAAUAAGUCUAAACUAAUGUGCAUGUUAAAAUGCGUAUGGUUAGCUACACGUAUAGCAUCAUCACACUUGCUCCGUGGCCUACGUCGUAAUCGGAAAAAGGAGACGAGCCAUACAGGGACAGGUAAGGGGGCGCCGAACGGGUGCUUCGCAGUGGGCAAAAUUUUACCUAAGGCGGGCGUGGCUAUAGGUAAGUCUUGCUGUAAAAAUAACCACUUAUACAACAUUCUUCUGGAGGGAGAUUAAUUACUCAUUUAGACUGUUUUAAUUCAUAUAAUUAUUGAACGAAUUUCAAACGCAAAUUAUUUCUUUGCCGAUGACAAAACAUUGAUUUCUUUCAGAUUUAAACCGUUACGAAUUGAAAAUAGCAAUAAUAAAAAAAUCAACAUGUCUUUGUAAACAUUUUUAUUCUGAUUUCAAAAGUUGAUUUUUUUGUCGUUUCCUCUUUAUGUCUUUCCAGCUUCCUCUCUACGUGGCUGGUCGUCUGCGUGACCUGGGAGAACUUCCUGAUCAACUUUUCACUGGUCAAGGCCACCCGGCUGUGCACGGUGCCCAAGGCCCGCAUCACCGUCCUCGGGCUCGCGGUCAUCUCCGCCCUCCUGUACGACAUCGCCCUGUGGACCAGCGCCCUGGUGCCGGGCGACAAAGGGCAGCUCUACUGCGGGGUGCCCAAGGAGUUCACCAACGUCCUGUACGUCCUGACUUACGUCGACACGAUGGUUACGCUGGUCGUCCCGAUGACCAUCAUGCUGGUCCUGGUCGUGCCCUCCUGCGUCAAGAACGUCGUCAUGAGCCGCAAGGGGGAGAACCCGCUGCGCCCGCUGAUGUCGCGGCGGCACCGGUCGCUGCUGCGUGUGUCGAGGCUGCUCUGCGUCAUCACCGGAAGCUUCGUCGCGUUCACGGCGCCGAGCCACGUCCAGAAGAUCGGACGGCUGAUCCGGGCGAUGGUGUCCAGCGAAGAGGAGGAGACGGACAGCUCGCGAUUCUUCUCGAUAUAUCAGUAUUUUUACCAGACGUUCUACUACCUGAGCCUGUCUUCCAACGUCAUCUACUUCCUCAUCUGGGGGAAGAAUUUCCGGAAAGAGAUUCUGAAAUUCUGCAAGAGGACGUGCACUUUUAUGUUCAAAAAGAAAGCCUGA